GAUGUGGAAUACAAGAAACAUGCUUAACUCUUUAUAUGUAUAUGUAUAUGCUUUAUUAGUUACAUAAGAUUCUCAACUCCUUAUCUCUUUACCAUCCAUCCAUCCGCGCAUAAUGGCAACCCCAAACCAAUCCUCUAGUGAUGAAGCCAAAGCAAUUUCAGAAACACUUAUUACUGAGUUGCCAGUUGAUGAAGACAUUCAUUUGCUGAAUGGGUUUUGGUACCCAACAUGGGUCAUCCAUGGCCUCCUAGCACUCCAACAACACUUCAAACCACAUCCCAAUGAUGUUCUCUUAGCCAGCUACCCCAAAUCUGGAACCACUUGGCUCAAGGCUCUUCUCUUCAGCAUCGUGAACCGGGCAACAUACAACGUUGACGAUAUGAUGCACCCUUUGCUCAACUCAAACCCUCAUGAGUUGGUCCCCUGGUUAGAGACUUACGCCUCUACCAAUCGCACAAACCCCAGGCCUCCACAAUCUUUCUUGUUUCAUACCCACCUUGCCUACUCAUCCUUGCCUGAACAGAUCCGCAGCUCUUCGUGUCGGAUCGUGUACGUGUUUCGAGAUCCAAAGGACGUUUUUGUUUCUUUCUGGCACUUCCUUAACAAACUGAGGCCAAAAGACUCGUCUCCCAUUUCUCUCCAAGAGGCUUUCAACCAAUUCUCCCGCGGCGCCUCAACUUACGGCCCCUAUUGGGAUCACGUCACCAGCUACUACAAAGCUAGUAUCCAAUUCCCCAACAAAGUAUUUUUCGUGAGGUACGAGGACUUGAAGACAAAAGCUGUCUUUCACGUUAAGAAGCUAGCAGAGUUCGUGGGCUGUCCUUUCUCUGAGGAGGAAGAAAAUGAAGGGGUGGUGCAGAAAAUCACAGAUUUAUGCAGCUUUGAGAAACUGAGCAAUUUGGAAGUGAACAAAAAUGGGUCAUUAUUAAUUGGAAAGCUUCCGACGGGGAGUACCGUAAGUGUUAUAAACAACGCGUUUUUCAGGAAAGGUGAGAUUGGGGAUUCCAAGAAUCAUCUUUCGGAGGAGAUGAGGGAAAUUCUGGACCAAAUAACAGAUGAUAAAUUCAAUGAAGUUGGUUUGACAACAUUUGUGCCCCUGGUUAAAACUGAUUGAAUGAUCCAAGAUACAAGAUACGGGUGAUUGUGUAUUUUUCUUGUCACCUAAAAAUAAAAAUAUGAUGGUUCCUCCCUCU